ACUACGCGAAUCAAAAUCGAAACGAAAUAAUGCUCAGUUAAAUUAAAUUCAUGUAUUUUUGUGGUGCCAAGUUGCAAUUUGUGCGCCGUGGGACACAAGUGCAAGGAUAUUUUAGCAACUACAGAAAUUGUGGAGUGCAUUUUGCGUUCAAUUCAUUAAGAGAAACAACAAUAUAUUCGCACACAAACAAAUCUCGUCGCCAACUCAAAGCCAAAACCAAAACCGAAGCAAGGCAGACGAAGGGGGGAAACAAAUCAAAAAUUUUAUGCGUAAGAAAGAUAACAAGUAAUGAUGAACGACAAGCGUGCAAAGUAACUUGUCAAAGGACAUACAGACAGAAAGACACGAAAACAAAGCACAAACAUAAGAAAGACGUUUUUUUUUAUGUUCUGUCUUGCUCGCUCGCUCGACCACUAGUCUGAUUUGACAGGGGUGUGGGUGCCGGGGGCAGCAGCGACGGCGACAGCAGCAGCAGCCAGCGCGUGCUCAAAAACGCUAUUUCCGCAUUUCAAAUACAAACAACAAAACACAGAGAGCAGCAGCAGCAGCAACAAUAACAAACAACAACAAAAGCACCAACAGCAACUGUAACAAACAACCAAAAGACAUUGCUGUUUGCUCGGUCAGUCGGCAGGUUGGUUGGUUGUUCUGUCGCAGUCGCAGUCGCCGUUGUCGUUGCCGUUGCAGAAGUGUCACCAAUUACUGCUGCUGCUGCGGAGACAGAGGCUAAAGCGUGGGAAUAACGACAGCCUAGAACAAAACUAGUUUGAAAGGCCGAAACGCGAAGGACACGCUUGAGAACGUACAUCCCACUUACCAAAUGGAUGUCCUGGAGCUUCUACGUGCAAGUGCCAAUGGCUAUUACAAUAUAUUUUUCUCAGAUGCCUGGUGCCAAUAUGUGUCCAAACAAAUUCAGGCAACGAUGUAUUGGUAUGGCGCCCUGCUGGUCAUCGGUGUGCUUUUCAUAGCCUGGUUUCUCUACUUCAAGCGCCUGGCGCGGCUGCGACUGCGCGAUGAGAUUGCCAGAUCGCUCAGCGCCGUCACCUCCUCCUCGGGUGGGGAUCAUCGUGGCCUACGCUUUCGGAAACGAGACAAAAUGCUUUUCUACGGUCGGCGCAUGUUGCGCAAAAUGAAGAACGUCAGCGGCCAGAUGUACAGCAGCGGGAAGGGGCACAAGCGGCGCGCGGUCAUGCGCUUUGCACGCCGCAUUUUGCAGCUGCAGCGUGAGAAUCGGCCGCUCGAAAUGAAGACAGUCGAGCCGCCGGCAGAGUAUCUGGAGGAGACCAUGGAGGGCAGCGAGCGUGUGCCGCCAGAUGCGCUUUACAUGCUGCAGAGCAUACGCAUCUUUGGACACUUCGAGAAGCCCAUAUUUCUGAAGCUCUGCAAGCAUACGCAGCUGCUGCAGCUAAACGCGGGCGACUAUCUGUUCAAGAUAACCGAUCCGGACGACAGUGUCUAUAUAGUGCAGUCCGGCAUGAUCAAUGUCUAUAUAUGCAAUGCAGACGGCAGCAAUUUGUCGCUAAAGACGGUGCGCAAAGGUGAAUCGGUGACGUCGCUGCUGAGCUUCAUCGAUGUGCUGUCCGGCAAUCCGAGCUACUACAAGACCGUGACAGCCAAGGCGAUAGAAAAGUCCACAGUGAUACGUCUGCCCAUGCAGGCCUUCGAGGAGGUGUUCGAGGAGAAUCCAGACGUUAUGAUACGCGUCAUACAGGUGAUCAUGAUACGACUGCAGCGCGUGCUCUUCACAGCGCUGCGCAAUUAUCUGGGACUCAAUGCGGAGCUGGUGCAGAAUCAUAUGCGCAACAAGGGCAGCAGCACUUUGCCCUCCACGGUGGUUGGCCCAGUCAGCUCACAGAUGUCACAGACGUCGCAGUCAAUGCGCGUGCAGCCCGCGCGUACGCCCGCCUCGCCCAUGUCGCGUCACUCACGCGAGGAGCACACGCUCUCCGAUCCGGAUCCCAAUCCGAAUGCCAAUGCGCUGCUCUUUGCCGAAGUGCACGGCGAUGCGCCCUACAUAGACAUCUAUCAUCAGCAGCAGCAGCAGCAACAGCAGCAUCAGCCAGGCAUUAGCUCCGCCAUAAAUAUUCCAUCAAGUCGACGCAGCUCCGCCUCACAGCAUGCGCCAUCACAGGCGGAGUCCACCAGUGCCAAUGCGACGACGACAACACAUGCUGCUUCAAUUACAAAUGCUAAUGUAAACUCCAGUCCAAAUGCCACGCCCACAGUUACAUCGAUUGAUCAGCGGCUGGUGCAGUCCUCCGCCGUCGAAAGUCUGCGCCGCGAGCUUGGCUUGAGCGAAGAGGAUGCACACAUCAUAGAGCCUGUGGUGGAGGUGCGCGAACUGGAGCCCAAUGUUACGCUCAUUACCGAAGGCAAUGCCGACGAUGUCUGCAUUUGGUUUGUCAUGACCGGCACACUGGCCGUCUAUCAGAGCAAUGCGGAUGCCACGCGUGCCGCCAAGCAGGAGCGACAGAACGAUAUGCUCAUACACUAUGUGCAUCCGGGCGAGAUUGUUGGCGGUCUGGCCAUGCUCACCGGCGAGGCCAGCGCCUAUACGAUCAAAGCGCGUGGCAACAGUCGCGUUGCCUACAUCAGACGUGUGGCCAUCUACCAAAUAAUGCGACAGCGUCCACGCAUUGUGCUGGAUCUGGGCAAUGGCGUAGUGCGUCGUCUGUCGCCGUUGGUGCGUCAGUGUGACUAUGCGCUGGACUGGAUAUUUCUGGAGUCUGGACGUGCUGUCUAUCGCCAGGACGAGAGCAGCGACAGCACCUACAUUGUGCUCAGUGGACGCAUGCGUUCGGUUAUAACGCAUCCGGGUGGCAAGAAGGAGAUUGUCGGUGAAUAUGGCAAAGGUGAUUUGGUGGGCAUUGUGGAGAUGAUAACGGAAACAUCGCGCACCACCACCGUCAUGGCUGUGCGCGACUCUGAGCUGGCCAAACUGCCCGAGGGACUGUUCAAUGCCAUCAAGCUGCGCUAUCCGAUUGUGGUGACACGUCUAAUUAGUUUUCUGAGCCAUCGCUUCUUGGGCUCCAUGCAGACGCGCAGCGGCGCUGGCGGCUUUGGUGCGCCCGUUGAGGCGAAUCCAGUGACGCACAAAUACUCGACGGUGGCACUGGUGCCCAUAACCGACGAUGUGCCGCUCACGCCGUUCACCUACGAGCUCUAUCACUCGCUUUGUGCCAUAGGUCCUGUGCUGCGCUUGACGUCGGAGGUGGUGCGCAAGCAGCUGGGCGUUAAUAUAUUCGAGGCAGCGAAUGAAUAUAGGCUUACCUCUUGGCUGGCACAGCAGGAGGAUCGUAAUAUCAUAACGCUCUAUCAGUGUGAUAGCGCGCUGAGUCCUUGGACACAGCGUUGCAUGCGUCAGGCGGACGUGGUACUGAUUGUGGGCUUGGGUGAGCGCUCGCAUUUGGUGGGCAAGUUCGAGCGCGAGAUCGACAAGCUCGCCAUGCGCACGCAGAAGGAGCUGGUGCUGCUCUAUCCGGAGACGACAAAUGCCAAGCCCGCCAAUACGCUCAGCUGGCUAAACGCGCGUCCCUGGGUGACCAAGCAUCACCAUGUGCUAUGCGUUAAACGCAUCUUUACGCGCAAAAGUCAAUAUCGCAUUAAUGAUCUCUACAGUCGUGUGCUGCUGUCCGAGCCGAAUAUGCAUUCCGAUUUCUCUCGCCUGGCGCGCUGGCUAACGGGCAACUCCAUUGGGCUGGUGCUGGGCGGCGGCGGUGCUCGUGGCGCUGCACACAUUGGCAUGCUCAAGGCCAUACAGGAGGCGGGCAUACCCAUCGAUAUGGUCGGUGGGGUCAGCAUUGGUGCGCUAAUGGGCGCGCUCUGGUGCUCGGAACGUAAUAUAACGACUGUGACGCAAAAGGCUCGAGAGUGGUCCAAAAAAAUGACAAAGUGGUUUCUUCAAUUGCUCGAUCUUACCUAUCCCAUAACCUCAAUGUUUUCGGGACGUGAGUUCAACAAGACGAUACACGAUACCUUUGGGGAUGUUAGCAUUGAAGAUCUCUGGAUUCCGUACUUUACGCUGACCACCGAUAUAACCGCCAGCUGUCAUCGCAUUCACACCAAUGGUCAUUUAUGGCGUUAUUGCCGCGCCAGCAUGUCCAUUGCGGGCGUUUUCCCCCCCUUCUGUGAUUACCGCGAUGGGCACUUGCUGCUUGAUGGAUGCUAUACCAACAAUGUCCCAGCUGAUGUUAUGCAUAAUCUGGGCGCUGCACACAUUAUUGCCAUCGAUGUGGGCUCACAGGACGAUACGGAUCUGACCAAUUAUGGCGAUGACUUGAGCGGCUGGUGGCUGCUCUAUAAGAAAUGGAAUCCCUUUACCUCGCCCGUCAAAGUGCCCGAUCUGCCGGAUAUACAAUCACGCCUGGCCUACGUCUCAUGUGUGCGUCAGCUGGAGGAGGUUAAGAACUCCGACUAUUGCGAGUAUAUCAGACCGCCCAUAGACAAGUAUAAGACGCUGGCCUUUGGCAGCUUCGAUGAGAUACGUGAUGUGGGCUAUGUGUUUGGCAAGAACUACUUUGACGGCAUGGCCAAGGCGGGACGUCUGGGACGCUUCAAUCAGUGGUUCAACAAGGAGCCACCCAAACGUGGCAAUCACGCCUCGCUCAACGAGUACACAUUCAUUGAUCUGGCACAGAUUGUCUGCAAGCUGCCAGAGACAUAUGCGCCCAAUACGGCGGACUUAUUCAGCGAAGAUGACGACUAUGACGGCUACAUAAGCGAGCCCACAACGCUUAAUACGGAUCGUCGUCGCAUUGAGGUACCGCGAGCGGGUAACUCGCUAUCCUUCUCAGAGACUGAAAUGGACUCCGAUGUGGAGAUCGAUCUGGAGCUAGAGCGCAAGGUGGACAAGGCUACGCAAUCGACGCCACCCACGCCCAGCAAACGCGGCACGCUAACGCCCACAGCCAGCCAAACGAACUUGGAGCCAAGUUUUAACCAUAGUCCGAAGCCGGUACAUGCAAAGUUCGUUGAGGCAUCUUUGCGAACCGUGGAGGCGGCCACCAGCACAGCUGUGAUGGCCGAGACUCCAACACAAACAUCGCAUGUGGACAACGUAGAGCACACACAGCAGCAAGCGGAGGAGGAGACACAGGAACACGAGGAGGCGCCAACAGCAACAGCCACAACAACAACAACGAAGGCAACGGAUAUGACAAAUAACGAUACCAAAAACUAGUUGUUACUUGAUGCAUACUUAGUUUAUAAUAACACGCACACCCAUACAUUCUUUUACACACACACACACACACACACACACACUUACACUUACACGGAUGUGAAGCUAUGACAGCCUAAGCUGAAGUAAAAUAUAUAUACUUAUUUUUCAAGUUUUGUAGCAAAAGACGGAUAAGCAAGUAAACAUUGUUAUCGUUUAGUGUUAAGAGUCAAUUCAGAGUUAAGCAUAGCUUUAGCCAAUCUCCCAAAACAGCUACAAAAGGCAUACACAUACACAUACACAUACACAAGCGCACACAUAUGUAAAUAAAUACAUAUAAAUACAUAGA